GAGCGGUGGCCCUAGCUCAGGCUCAGGCUCAGUCGGCUCGAGUGCGCGGUGCAGCGAGGAAGUGCCGCCGCCUCGGUCCUCCCUCCCUCCCUCCCUCUCACUUUCUCCGGGUGUGUGAGCGUGUGAGUUUCCUCCCGCUCCCUCCCUCCCUCUCUCCCUCGCGGGCUCCCGCUGCGCAGACCGCUGCCGGACGCUCCUCGCUCCCCCUCGCCGGCUCCCCCAUCACUCCCUCCUCCUCCUCCUCUCCUCCUCCUUCUCUUCCUCCUCCUUCUUCUGCCCCCCCCCCCCGCCCCUUCCCUCGCUCCCCCGCAACCACCCUCCCACGCACUCACAACCACUCGCACUCACAUUCACGCUCUGACACGGACCUCUCCCCUCCCCACGCGCGCCCAUCAUGACCAAGGACGAGAAGAAACCUUUAGAGCAGACUCUGGGCGAGUGGAAGCGCUUCAUCUAUAACCCGGGAAGCGGCGAGAUCUUGGGACGGACGGCGGAGAGUUGGGGUUUGAUCUUGCUCUUCUACUUGGCCUUCUAUGGCUUCCUCGCUGCGCUCUUCACAUUUACCAUGUGGGUUAUGCUGCAGACCCUGAGUGAUGAAACUCCAAAAUACCGGGACCAGAUUUCCAGCCCAGGGCUUACAAUUGUCCCCAAACCACCUGGUGCAUUAGAGUUUUCUCUCAAUAUCUCUAAACCAACAUCCUAUGAACAAUAUAUUGAUGCCAUUAAAGAAUUUUUACGAGAAUACGAAGGCAAGAAACAAGAACAUCUUUUACAGUGUCGUAAUGGAACGUUUUUUGAACAGGAUAACAUCUUUCCUAAAAAGACUUGUAAAUUUUCUCUUGAAACCCUCGGUCCCUGCUCUGGAUUGGAUGAUGUCAGCUUUGGCUAUCCUGAUGGAAAUCCUUGUAUUUUUGUGAAAAUGAAUAGAAUAAUUGGAUUAAGGCCUCAAGGAGAACCCAGGAUAGUGUGUGCAGUUAAGGAAGGAACAGAUGUAAAUCUAGCAACUUUCCCCAAAGAUGGAAGGCUUGAUUUAAUGUAUUUUCCAUAUUAUGGGAAAAAGUUGCACGUGAACUAUCGACAGCCAGUAGUUGCUCUCCAGGUCCUGUUUCAGAACUACAACCAAGAAGUGUCAAUAGAAUGUAAGAUUGAAGGGUCACCCAAUCUAAGAAACCAGGAUGAGCGUGACAAGUUCUUGGGACGAGUUGCCUUCAAAAUCUCACUGACUCAAUAGUAUGAGUAGAACAUCUCCACAAAAUAAACGUGUUGUCUAUCUUCAUGUUGUAUCAGCUGGACCUGCCAUUCUAGAAUUGGAAGCCACCUUGGAGAAAUUUUAAGGUGGUACAUGAUGUUUGGGGUAGCAUAAUAAUAAUGUGCUUCCAGAUCAUAAUGUGUAAUGUCCUCAAAGUAACUGCCUUUUGCCUUUGCCUGCCCCAUUGGACCAGUGUGCAGACAUAGACAUGUCAUAUUAGGGACCUGUAAAUAGCUGAUUCAAAACGUGUAAUAAUGGUGGUCUUGUCCUGUUCUCAUGGGUUUUAUCUCCAAGUGUCUAUAAAGCUUAAUGUGCUGUGCUAUGUAAAUAUUUUAUUGAUUUAACACUGGUUUAACUGUCAUUAUCUCAAUGCCAACACCUUUAGGGAUCAAAUGAUUAAAAAAAAAAAGGUACCUGACCAACCUAAAAGUGAUUUAUAACUCUGCAAGAAUUGUGGUGUGUGGAGACACCUUAAAUUUUGUGUGUGAGGAGGAAGAUAAAUAAAAGUGGAUUUUAAAAGUGUCA